AACGAAAAAAAUGGAUUUAUAUUGCAUUGUAAAGAAAUAAAGCUCGUCUGCUGGAUUUUCGUGAUCGAUCACGUGCUAUUUUUCUUGCCUGGUCCUGUGCUGGCUCAUUGACAGAGCCAAUCAGGACAUUGCCUUAGAUCACGUGACUAAACGUUUCUUUUCGCUUUAAAAGUUCCGCCGUUAUUGUUGUAAUUCUUUGAUAAUUACAAAUAAUACAAUUGCAAUUUUCUUCCGUUGUCCGUAGCAACAGCAAUGACCUGCUCUAUGUUUAUUUACCACGACCCAAUGUCGGACCCAAGUGCCGGCCGUGCCCGACGUUGCUCGACUUCAGUGAUCGAACGCGAACUGAAGCUUUCAACAUGGCACGGCCGGUGUCGCAGCUUAAAGAUUUAUUAUUGUCACAGCUAGGAAGUGCAGAUGAAAUGGUAAAGCAUCAGCAGCAACAACUGAACGAGGAUAAUGCGAAAAUUAAGGAAUUAACAUCGAGCCUGGCUCUUAUGAAAGAAACGCUACAUACGGAAACACAAAAAUUGGAAAACAAGAAUGCCGAGUUGUUGCAACAUACUCGUCGUUUAGAGGAAUUGGAAGCGGAGAGAAACAAACUUGCCAAAAGAAUUAAGCAGUUGGAAGAAAAACGGGACAACUUGAAACGCUGUAAAGAAAAUGCACAAGACCAGCAAGUUCUGCAACAAGGAGGGAAAAAAUUGAACUUGUAUAGAGAUUUAACUAGGAUACACUGGGAUUAUGAAGCUUCCAAGCACAGCAUUAAAGGAUAUGUUUCAAACAAAAAAGAUUACAUCCAUCAUUUUUGUUAUGACAAUCAACAGAUCACUCCUGAAAUAACCGACGCGUUGUGGCACGAAAUAUAUUUGUCCACUGGUAAGACCAAAAUUGAAGAUGAAACUCUCCAGUCAAACAUGCCAACCAAUGAAAAUAUUGCACCUAACUAAUUACCUAUAUUUUUUAUAAAUAAAAUCUUAAAUUUUACAUUU